UUUAGCCGAUGAACGAAAAUGGUCGUGUCUACGGAGGUGUAGACUGUGAACGAAUUAGGACAAACCGUAAUUAAAUAAUGUUUUUAUGAUAUAAUUUUUUAAAACGCUUAGAAUAUUGAAGACACUGCAACAGAAAAGAAAGCACCGGAGAGUUUGAUGUAACUUUAAUCUACUGUUAGCAGUGCACUAGUACCGUUAGCUACUCUUCAAAUGGCUAGCUAACGCUUUAGCGCUACCUAUAUAUUCAUAAGUAAACACACAUCGGCUGUGAUAGCCUCUUCCUAUUUGUAGCAACACUUUGAAGCAUCGCGGUUGAAAUUUCUGCAAGUUCAAAGGAGCCUGGACAUGUAUGAGGGUUUGAUAACUAGGUUGUUUGGAGGUGGACAUUUGGCAAGAAACAGACGGUUGAUGAAGUGAGUUGAACACCAUUUAGAACGGUUUUUCUGGGGUCUGCUGCAUCCCCUGUCCUCCCCUCUCCUCUUUUCACCCUUUCCUGGUGCAGAGUGAUGACAUCACAACAUCACCCGCUCCCCCAUGCUAACACCAACCCUCCCCUGCUCAUUUCCCGGUACUCCUCAGCCAAUCCGGUUAGGGCCCCUACACAGCCUAGCCAGAUAGACUCCUCCCACAGCACCACUGGCUCCACCCCAAACCGGGGUAUCACAAUGGGGGGAAUGGCCUCAUCUCCCUACCAUGGAAGUUCUAGUGGAGUGAGUGUUAACAGGGGUGUGCCAUCAAACUCUGCUGCAUCUUCUCUGUCCCGGAGAUGUCUAACAGGGCGGUUUGAGCCCUGGCCUGAGGAAGCUGUGGAUAAUGCGUAUGGACUGUACUCACUUCAUCGUAUGUUUGAGAUCGUGGGCGCCCAGCUCACGCACCGCGAUGUGCGGGUGCUGUCCUUCCUCUUUGUGGAUGUCAUCGAUGAAUAUGAGCGGGGUGGCAUUAGGAGCGGUCGGGACUUUCUGCUCGCACUGGAGCGACAGGGGCGCUGUGAUGAGACUAACUUCAGACACAUCCUACAGCUGCUCCGGAUCAUCACGCGGCACGACCUGCUGCCCUAUGUCACGCUCCGAAAGAGGCAGACUGUUUGUCCAGACCCGGUUGAUAAAUACCUGGAGGAGACAUCAGUGUGUUAUGUGUCCCCCAGGGGAGGAGCAGGGGAAAGCAGGGGUGUUGCACCCCGCAGGAGGACAGGUCCCCAGCCAAUUAUCCACUGCUCCCCGUCAGGACCUCAGGUGUGCUCCCCACGUACCAAACCUGGACCUGCAGCACCCAGUCGCAAGAGGAAAAGGACCCACGCAUCUGCUGACUGCCGAGAGAAGCAGACUUGCGAUAUCCGCCUGCGAGUGCGUGCAGAGUACUGCCAGCACGAAUCUGCACUGCAGGGCAACAUCUUCUCCAACAAGCAGGAGGUGCUGGAGAGGCAGUUUGAGAGGUUCAACCAGGCCAACACCAUCCUGAAGUCACGGGACCUCGGCUCUAUCAUCUGUGACAUCAAAUUCUCAGAGCUCACCUACCUGGAUGCUUUCUGGCGGGAUUACAUCAACGGCUCCCUUCUGGAGGCGCUGAAGGGCGUUUUCAUCACAGACUCUCUCAAGCAGGCUGUGGGACAUGAGGCUAUCAAGCUCCUCGUCAAUGUGGAUGAGGAAGAUUACCAGGCUGGAAGAUGCAAACUGCUGCGCAACCUGGUGACUGCAGGGAGUGCUGGGGGGAACAGAGAGAUUACAUCAUAGCCUGGUGGCUGUAGGGAAAGAUGGAGGGAACAGAGAGAUUACAUCAUAGCCUGGUGACUGCACGGAGUGCUGGGGGGAACAGAGAGAUUACAUCACAACCUGGUGACUGCAGGGAGUGCUGGGGGGAACAGAGGGAUUACAUCAUAACCUGGUGAUUGCAGGGGGUGCUUUGGGGGAACAGAGAGAUUACAUCUAGGGCUGGGCCCGAAUAUUCAACUAUUCG